AUGGCCCCCGUUCCACACUCGUACGACCUGAAGGUUUCCGCGCGUGAGGCAAGCCCCUGCCAGUGCGAAGAACCGUCCAAGAGAAGGUGGGACGUGGCCUUGCCCAUCAGUCGAAGGGGAAGCUUCUUCCAAGACUCGUUCUUCUCGGACGUGCACGACGAGUUCGACGCCACCAUUGCUGGGGACGACAAUUGUCGGUACAGCGAUAUUUUGAAACGCUACAGACAACUUCGAUCUCUCAAUCUGAAGGAGGAGGACCAAGCUGUCACCGUCACAUCAGACACAUCGGGUCAUAAGAUUGCGGUGGAUGUACACGACUUCCUGGAUGGAGAAGUGAAGGUGAAAGCGGAGGGCGAGGAGGUGGUGGUGGAAGGACGUUUGGAGAGGAGAGAAAAAGGAGGCUCAUCCGUGUCCUCACACUCCUUCACACGCCGCUUUUCCUUGCCUCCUUUCACCGAUAUGGCAGCCAUCACGUCUGUCAUGUCUUCAGAUGGCAUCCUAACUAUAACUGCCCCGAAAAUGGAGGACCAGUCUCACCAAAAGACUACUGUUGUUCCCAUCAAGCUCGAAGAAGCUGAGAGCUCAUCAGCUUCCAAAACUUCGGAUAAGAAUGAAGCCAGUUCCGUUGAAAAUACCAGCGAGGAAUCCAAUUGCUCACGAAAACCUAUCUGUGAAACAAUAAAGAAGGAAAGCAUAAACAUUCCAAGUCGUGCCAAAGAAGUACCCACAGUCAACAGUGUUCAACCACGGUCUGUGGAAAUUGACAUUUCAAAGGAGUGCAUUAAUGAUGAUGUUUGUGGCGUUGAGAAGCAAGGAAAUGUUAAAACGACUGAAAGAACAAACCCUGACAUCACUGAUGAAUCAAACCUCGUCUGUAAAGAACUAGACUCGACAGGACUGGAAAUUUCUCGCCAAAGAUUCUGGGAUGAAUUCCUACCAAUUACUCGAAGAGGAAGCUUCUUCCAGGACUCCUUCUUCUCCGACAUGCACACAAAGUUUGACGCCGCCAUAAGGAAGGUCUUGAACAGGUGGAGCAGCAAUGAGCUCGAGUGGACAGACACUUGGGACGACGUGGGUUUUCACUACAAAGAUAUCCUGGAGCGAUACAGAGAGCUUCGAUCCCGUCACCUGGAAGAAAACCUCGCCGUCACUGUCACGUCAGACAAAACAGGUCAUAAGUUUGUUAUGGAUGUUCAUGAUUUUAUGGACGGUGGCGAGGUCAGCGUGAAGGCUGUGAACGAGCGAGAGUUGGUGGUCGAAGGUCACUUGGAGAAGAAGGAAGACGGUUCCAAGUCCAGCAAGCAGUUCCUUCGGCGCUUCGUUGUUCCUGGAGACAUUGAGGUGGAGGCCGUCACUUCGGUCAUGUCUUCUGACGGCGUGCUGACAGUUUCGGCUCCGAAGAAGAAGUGCCAAAGGAAGGAAGCCGUUGUUCCAGUUCAGUUGGAAAGUAAGGAGGAAGAGCAGUUCGCGCCGGUCACGGAGAAGCCCGGCAGAUGUGCUCGUGUCUCAGGACGAAGCUGA